UACUUCAGCCUGCCAGCAGGGGGCGAUCACACAUUCAGAGGCAGAUACCUUUACAUCCGGGUCAUGGUCACUGGCUCUUCCUUUCCUGUCGGCCAUUUGUCGUAUUACGAUUAGUAGGCGACCCGCUGUUCAACCUCUAAACAUGCAGAACGACGCUGGUGAAUUCGUGGACCUGUACGUCCCACGUAAAUGCUCUGCGAGCAACAGAAUCAUUGGAGCCAAGGACCAUGCCUCCAUCCAGAUCAACAUUGCUGAGGUUGACAAGGUGACCGGUCGCUUCAACGGCCAGUUCAAGACCUACGCCAUCUGUGGAGCCAUCCGCAGAAUGGGUGAGUCUGAUGACUCCAUCCUGAGGCUGGCAAAGAACGACACCAUUGUUGCAAAGACUUUCUAAGUCGAAAUGGAGAAGUUAAAGAUUUGUAAAAUAAAAAAUGG